UUAUACUUGGUGUCCCAAAGAAAAUCACAGUAUUUAGCGGAGAGAAAUAUUUGUCAAAAUUUAUACGUUAUAUAGCGAGACGGCAUAUAUAUAAGUGUUAUUCUCGCGAAAUUGAUCGCGUUUUCUUCUUCUUAAACCCCGAACUCCGCAUCGAUUUCCCAUCGAGGUGUAAUUCAAUCGGCGCUUUAAUCGCGCAGGACUAUCUCUCUUCAUUAAUUUGGAAUUAAUUAAGCUUUUAUAGAGAAGUGCAAAACCCGAUUUAUUUGGGAUUUGUGUGUGUGUGUGUGUGUGUGUGUGUGAUAGAGAGAUACAUCUCGCGUUACGUUCCCUGUAUCUGUAACUGAUAGCGGGUACGCGAUGUGUGAAAACCGUGUGCGAGUACAAAUUAUUGCACGGGCAUUAUCAUAUUAAGAAUUAUACGAGCGCCGAUUGAAAUUGACAUCCAUUUGCGAGAGCAGUUCAGUACAAGCUCGGCGUUGUUGCCCCGAAGAGCUCUCUCUCUCUCUCUCUUUCUCGCUAUCCUUCAAACGAGAUCGCGUUUCGUAGCACACAUUUUUCUUUAUUUUGUCACAGUGAAAUAACGCGCAAACAGAUUGAUUGAAAUCCGAAUAUAAAGGGGAAAAAAAAACCAUAAAAAGUGUUGUUGAAAAUAAUAACAAUAUCAAUGGAAUAAAUUGAUUAUUAGAGUUUAAUCGAUCGGGAAACGAGUGUUUAAUUGAUAAUAGUAUUUAAUUAACGACGAUUAAAUGAAAAUAUCUGCGAUAUAAAAAAAUUGGAAGAAAAUAUGAUAGAGUGGGAAAGCUCGGAAUCAGACUUUUCGGACACCGAGGACUCAAAUGAUUUAGGGGCCGGUGCGGACCCCGAGAUCUGCGCAAUGGACACUGUAGAUAGUGUCAACAAGCGGCAGGCUACCCGUGUGUUCAAGAAAUCCAGUCUCAACGGCAAGAUCACAGUUUAUCUCGGCAAACGAGACUUCGUCGAUCACAUCACGCACGUAGAUCCAAUCGACGGUGUCGUUCUGAUCGAUCCCGAGUACAUAAAGGAUCGAAAAGUAUUCGGUCAUGUUCUGGCCGCGUUCAAGUACGGCAGGGAGGACUUGGACGUGCUCGGACUGACAUUUCGCAAGGAUCUUUAUCUGGCCGCGGAGCAAAUUUAUCCAGCUGUGCAGGGAUCUCAGCCGCCCAGAGAACUGACGCGGUUGCAGGAAAGACUCAUGAAGAAAUUGGGAAGCAACGCGUACCCGUUUUACUUCGAGUUGCCACCUCACUGCCCCGCUUCGGUUACUCUGCAACCGGCGCCGGGUGACACCGGCAAACCCUGCGGCGUCGAAUACGAGUUGAAGGCGUUCGUGGGCGAGACGCAGGACGAUAAACCUCACAAACGGAGCUGUGUGAGACUGGCGAUCAGAAAAGUCAUGUACGCGCCGUCGAAGCAGGGAGAACAACCGUCGGUUGAAGUUAGCAAAGAGUUUAUGAUGUCUCCGAAUAAGCUGCAUCUGGAGGCCUCCCUCGAUAAGGAGCUUUAUCAUCACGGCGAGAGUAUAGCUGUGAACGUGCAUAUAGCAAACAAUAGCAACCGGACUGUGAAAAAGAUAAAAGUGUCAGUUAGGCAGUUCGCAGACAUCUGUUUGUUCUCGAUGGCGCAGUACAAAUGCACAGUCGCCGAGGCCGAAAGCGAUAUAGGGGUAUCGCCAGGAUUCACCCUGAGCAAGGUGUUCUCUCUAAGGCCGACGCUUGCCGAGAACAAAGACAAGCGGGGCCUUGCUCUAGACGGUCAGCUUAAACACGAGGACACCAAUCUCGCGUCUAGUACAAUGGAGGGAUGCCCCGUGGGCCCGGGUUUCACGCUGAGCAAGGUGUUCAUGUUGACACCCCUUCUGGCCAACAACAAAGAUAAAUGGGGGCUCGCCCUCGACGGCCAACUCAAACACGAGGACACCAAUUUGGCGUCCAGCACCCUUGUGGUCGAUCCGUCGCAGCGUGAGAACCUCGGCAUAAUAGUUCAGUACAAAGUCAAAGUCAAACUCUGCCUCGGUGCACUUGGAGGUGAGUUAGUCGCGGAACUGCCUUUUAUCCUGAUGCAUCCGAAACCGGAGGAAGAGGAACCGGCGCCGUCCACAGCUCGACCAAGCCCUACGCACAGAAACACCGACAGCGGAGCCGAUACGCUCGACACAAAUCUCAUUCAAUUGGAUACAGAUGCGGACGGGGACGACGAUAUAAUAUUCGAGGACUUUGCUCGUCUCAGGCUUAAAGGCGAGACGGAAGCUUGACCAUCUGAAUGGUUAACGCCACCAUGUCCGUAGAACGGAGAAUGCGGUCCAUUUGGUGUUCCCAAGAAUGCUUCAAUAGCCUUCCGUACAAUUUCAUUUAUAAAGAAACGUAGAAUAAAGGCGCCAAAUGAAAGCGCAAUUUCUGCCGCACUUUAAAGUGCUUUAAAGCAUUUUUAGCGCUAAAUGAACAUCAUCGCCAAUGAUGCCAAUAAAUAUAUAACGCAACGCUGCCGCGACAAUGAGCUUAAACAGGGAUUAUUGUUCGAGUUUGUUGUAGCAGCAUCAUUGCCAUUAACAAAGCACACGAUAUUUUACCGUUUUGAGAAAUUUUAAGAUUUACCGUGAAGAAAAGAUUGUGUAAAAAAAAAAAGAAAAAAAAAAGAAAAAAAAACAACAAGAAAACCUUUUAAAGGAACCUUUUAAAAGGAACCGAAAAAAAUAUAUAUAUAUUACACGAAAGAAGAAGAAUUUUGCUCACAUUUUUGUGAGUGAUUUGAGAUUCUUUUUCUUUUUUUUUUUUCUUUUUUUAUCUUUUGUAUAGGUUGAAGCUUUUUCAACAAUCGUCAUUAUUCACGGGAAGCGUGAAGAUGACGAGGAGAUGCGCAGAAGAUUGAGAUUUUUCUAGAAAACACUCGUUUGUUCAAAAUUAUUCAUUACGGCGCCGUAACACAUAAUUUGUCGAACAGGUCUUCUAACGUAAUUAAUGAACAAUUGAUUAAAUCGUUGUUUUGCGGCCUCUCUGCUCAUCAUUUCAACGUGGUGAUCUCGAUUCGUGGGAGAAAAAAAAAAACACGGCAAAUUGUGACAAUUGACGAGAUAUUUUGAUUAACGCCGUCGCUACACUACGCCUUGGCUCUGAAGACUGAUUUUGGGAAGCACUUCCAAAGAAAACGUUUUUUAACUCGAUCACGUGUUUUAUUGCGAAAACUUUUCACGCGAAAAACAGUAGCGUCGCGAACAAACAACAACUUGUUCAGUAUCUCAUCUAUCUUUUUAAUAUUUCUUUCUCCGAAAAAAAAAUCGCAAAUCAAACGUGCGAGUAAUCCGACGAUUCGUUUGGUUAAUUAGUUACGUAUAUAUAGAUUACGAGUCAGUAAAUACGAAGUUAUCACUUUGUUCAGUUUAAUUACCGGCAAAUUUCCAGUUAAAUGAAUAAUCGAAGUGGGUGAUGCGGAUUUUGAAACCGAGUCCAAUGAUCCAUGAUUCUGAUUGCACAUCGCAUAAAUUUCUCUCAACCUGAGUUUUAAUAUUGCACGUGAUUCUGAAAAUCACGCGGAUGAGAUUUAUAUUUUCACUCCUCCAAAUCGGAUCGGAGUCACGCACAGAGUCUUUAGAUUUACUUCGCAUGAUGAUCGUAUAAAGCAUUUUCGAACACGGCCAGUACACUUGUCUUUUUAAGUUCGCACCGCGAGAGAUAAAAACUCUUGUUAGUUUUUACAUUUUUACGUUUAUCGAUACGAACAAUUGAGAGUACGUGCGCGCGAAUGUGCGCGUUGCAAAGAAAUACCAUAUAUUGUCCUGCGCAGGACAGGAAACGAGUCAGUCGCGUUAACGCUUCUUUCACUUUUUUAUUAUAUACUUUCCCUUUCAUUUGGGUGAUAUCUUCAUUCACGUCAUCAUUAUAUGGGACAAACAAUAGCUUGUGAAGGACGAUGAAAAUAAAGAAAAAAAAAAAAAAAAGAAAAAAAAGAAACGGUUGUAUCAUAUUUUUCGGUGUAGUAAAGUUCCGCGUGAACUUAGAUCGUAACAACGAGAAUAGAAAAUUUAUUAUUCCAACAAAUCUUUAAAAAAUCGCGAUCGAGACUAUAUAGAAACGGCUAUUUAGAAACAACGUCGUCAACGCAAUAAUUUUAAUCAUUCAAAGACAAGAAAUGCGAAGAAAUGCGCGCGACGGAAAAAAUAGAAAAGAGAGAUGGCAUUUCGAGAUGCGGAUGGUCAAUUCGUAGGUGUAUUUAUGCAUAAUUUGUAGGAUUUGUCGAUAAAACACACUAUAUAAGAUUUGUAUAACAUUUAAUUCGUUGCGCACACAUUUCUCUCCCUCCUCCCACUUCUUACAGAAACACACACAUACAUACACACACACACACACACACGGUUAAUUAAGAACGGCGAAUUACUAGUACAAUCGUAAGUAUCGACUUCGAUUUACGCGUUUCUAAGACUGUUCGAUAAUUCGAUUUUUUACAAUAUAUUAAAGUAUACCGCGUGUUAUAAUCUCUCAGCUCGUCCGUGUUUAAACGAUAAUAAAUCAUUUUAGCAUUUUUGAUAUUGAUUGCCUAACUGAACGCGCGAGAACCAUUUUUGCUACCAAGUUUCGGAAACGUUUACACAAACCGAUUACACUUAUCUCGCUCUCAUUUUUCACCGCAACAUUUUUGAAAACUUUGUCCAAUUUUUUAUUUGGCAAAUUUUUGACUUGCUGCAAUUCUACCAUAACUUUUUUUUUUUUUUGUUUUUCUAUCAUAGCUUAUAUAUCUUUCGUCUACUUUACCAAAUGUAAAUUACAAAUAAGAAAGUAAAUAACACAUUCGAUAAAAUAAUGUUUAAAUCUUCGUAUACUAUUAAUUCCUUUAGAAUAUUAAUGACCACUUUUCAUUCCGAAGACGACGGGAUAUAUAUUCGGUUUUUGCAACAAAUAAAUUUUGUAUUCUAAACCUGUUAACGAUGUGUGCGAACAAGUAAGGUUCGCGUUGUGGGGGUAGAAACGAAGAUUAAUUAAACCCGUCGACGUGCGUUAGAAUGGCGCGAGUUGCACGAAGAAGAAGAAAAAAAAAAAUCUGUAAACAGCAUUAUACAUGCAUACACAGGGGAGGCAAGGGAAAAAUAGUAUUUUUUAUCACACUUUUAGCGUUUACAAACUGUAUUUAGACGAGGCAACAAAGCGUGUGUGUUGGUCCGCCGUCUUUUCGUCGUGCGUUUAUCGUUUUAAACGAACGACCACAAAACAGGACCGUAUUAUACUUUCUGAUACCAAAGCUGACAUUUCCCGUUUUUUUUUUUUUAAUCAUUUUUUAUUAUUAUUAUUAUUUUUUUUUUGACAAAACAAUACUCGUCGAAAGAAAAAGGCAUUGAAAGCAAGCAAAUCGCGCGAGGACCCAAAACCCAAUUUUAAUUUCAAUCGACUCAUAUCUGUCUGUUAUGUGUUGUUCAAUACAAUAAGAUCGGACUCGAGCUAUUUUGUGUGAAACUCUUGUGUACUAUGUUUAAUUCUGCAAUAAUAAUACAAUAAUCUCAUAUAUAUAUAUUUUAAUCAAUAUUAUGUUAAUUAAUCAUUAUUAGUUCAUUGAAUUUAUUUUUAUAUCCUACAUUUAUAUACUCGUUCACUUAUUAAAUGUUGAAUUAAAUAUUCAACGGGCGGUUUGCUUGAAAAAAAAAAAAAAAACAAACAAAAAAGAGUCACUUUACUUUUUUAAUUCACUCUCGUGAAUAAUAAUUAAAAUAAAAAAAAAACGUGAGUGUUCAACGAAUGUAGCUGUUUUUAAUUAAGGGAAAAACAUUUGCGGCGACUGUUGAAUUGUCGAUUCUUCGAUUACUGUUUUAAACGACGUGUAUGUGCGAGCGUAUAUGCGCGCUUAUGUGUAUAAUCACAGGAGAAUAUAUAUAUAUAUAUACAUACAUAUAUUUUAUAUUUUCACCUGCGGAGGCGCGGAUAUUUUUUUAUAUGAUCGCGAACGAGUAAAUCAUUAAAAACGUUUAUCGUUUAUAUAAUAUUAUCCGCUAAAAACCAACCAGAAUCGCCAGACGAAGAUUGCACAAAAACAACCCGAGAGAGAUAAUUAAAGUCAAUAAAAGGUGCCGUCUCUGUAACUUUACGAUAUAGAGAUUGUUUUCACACGUGAUAUGUAUAAUGCACACGCGCGCGAAGUUUUCAAUCAAAAAUGCCACAAAUUUUUUUAAUCGAUUUUUUAGUCAUACGACAUAUAAAAAAUUCACCAACGCAUUCCCCCUCCCUCUAUUGUGUUUAAUAAAAACCUCCGCUUGAUAUUUUAUUUCGCACAUAUCCAAAGAUUUCAAAGCUGUUGUUUUUGUAAGAAUAAAAUUUUUCAGAUACGCUUUAUAUUUAACGAAUCAUAAUAUAUAUUAUCACUGCGAUAAGAAGAAAACGAUUGCAUUACGCUGCUUUUGAUAUACGGAGUAUUAUAUUUUGCACUUGGGAAAAAAAAAAAAAAAAGAUCGUGUUUCUCUUAUUUAGAUUUUGUUCAAUUGAAAAUCGCAUUUGUUCUGCAAGUACGUGUAAGUCGGAUGUUAUUUGUGACGAGAAGAAUGGCUGUAUUAGUCGAAAAAAAUAGGUCGUUAAUCGUUUUGCGCAUAAUUUCAGCGAACUGGCAUAAAGCUGAAAAAUCCGGGAGAAAGAAGACAAAAAAAAAGUAGGGAAGAAUGCGAGANAAANAAANANAAAAAAAAAAAAAAAAAAAAAAAACAUUUAUGCGUUCCGUUUUUGAAAGUGAGUGAUUAACGUAUUCAAGUACUUGAUGUACAAGUGUUGUGGAUAAUUACUGUUAGAUUCGUAAAUCGUAAAAAAAAAAAAAAACACAAGAAGAGACACAGAAGAGACCGGUUAAUUAACUAACUUGUACAUUAAACACGUAUUAGGGAUGAUUUAUUUAUUAAAAAAAAAAACAAACAAUUGUGCAUUGUUAUAGCAGUCGAGAAUUGAGUGUCGUCUAUAAACGUUCGUUGGUCGAUUCGAACAAUUUGUUUUGUAUGUAAAAAUUGAUAUUAUAUUAUACGAUAUGAUAUUACACGAAACGGAGAACAAAGAGAGAAAGAGAGAGAGAGAGAAAGAGAAACAAGCGAGAGAGAAUGCGAGAGUGCAUGUGUGUAAAGUAAAUGGCACGAUACAAACAAACAAAAAAAAAUGAUGCAUAAUAUAUUGUAUAUGUAAAAAUCGUGUAUUCUCGUAUUGUAACUCUAGCUAUAAUAA